AUGCCAAAGGCAGGCCGCUGCUACCUGGCCCAGCUGGAAGCCCUUCUCUAUCGCAACCUCGGCUACAAAUGUCCGAGAAAACGGUCGCAUCUUGACAUGUGCAGGCAUAUAAGCGGCUUAGGCUCUCGUAUAAACCUGCUGGGCCUGCCAAACAUCUCACUUGGCGGUCCUACGGGAACAUUGACACAGCAGAAAAGACUCAUAAACAGUGGCCCAUUACCAAGUACAAACGAGCAUAUUCCAGUACAGGAUUCAUCAGGAACUGAUGCAAGUGCACAAGAGAGCGAAAUAGCGGAAGAUGAAAGGGGAAGUGACGCUACCGUUGAACCUAAACGAGACCUUUUGGAGAUCACCAAAGAAGAAGUUAGGAAUAGAGGAUUGUACAUUAUCUACUGGCUAUCCACAAACAAGUUUGGCCAUAUUCGUGGCAUGCAUGACAAGGUUAUAAAUCUCUUUAAAAGAGCUGAAAAAUUCGCCUCCUUGUAUGGAUUUGUACUCAUGGACAUUCGUCCGGAAGACCUCAUGAAACAUGUGGAAUCGGCCAAUUCAUUAAAAGAACUCUUUAGUCCAGAGUUUAUAGAAGCACAAAAGGAGCUUUUGUACAUUGGAAAGCAACUUCCACUGUUGAAGAAGGAAGAAAAGGAGAGAUUCGAAAAACAGUUGGAAGACGCUCACAAUCAUUUUAAUAAUGUAGUUAUUCCUACCGAAGUGGCCCUUGGUAGAUUUCCAGAAAAAGAGCCAACUCUUAAUCCUGACGGUUCUCAACGUAGGACCUAUAUACACAAUGUCAAGAGACAGUUUAUUAUCGAAAGAUUAGGCUUUACAGAGGCGUUUAAAAGUGCUCGCGUUGAUGCGUCCAAUCUGCUUGAAAUUAGACCUCCAACGGAUAUUCCUGCUCUAAACGAUAUAUGUAAUCAGUGGGUGAACGAUAUGUCUGAAUUCAUUAGUAGAGACAGAAGUAGGAAUGAGGAAUGUAUAAUUCCACCUCAGUUGAAUGAAAAAGUAUUGGCUUCAGAGACUGUGCGUUUUGCACUUCAACUUAUGUGCUUUCCAGCAUACGCUUCUGAUUCCAAAGGAAACAUGGGUAGUUUUUUGCGUAGGAUGAUACAGCAGCCAGCAAGUAACCAGGUCUUACUUGUAAAUGCGUCUGUAAGGCUCGGGGAAGAAAUUUCAAAAAUCUACGUAAGUACAAUGAAAGAACUGGAAAAGGAAUACAACAUUCAAAGUUCCAAUUUUUCUGAGGAUGACGUUCAUGAAAAGCAAGAUCCCCUAGCCAAUACAGACGAAAAUGUGGACAAUAAAUCUUUACUGGAAAACCCAGGAAAGAAAUCUAGCUUUACAGUAACAGCACUUUCGGGUGCAUCUAGAGCAAGGGUAAUUUCAAACGUUACAAACCAUGCUGGUGAUUCUCUACAGACUGUUCACGCGGAUGGACCCCCUGUUGAUGAUUUUAAACGCUGGAAUGUGCGCCAGAAUGCGGCUAUUGGUGGUUAUUUAUUUAACGCCUUAGUAAAAUCUUGUUAUGUUGAAGUUGAUAUUGCAACGGCUCUAAAGCAGGAAAACUCGUCUUUCAUCGAUGAGGACCACCCUAUUGAUAAUGCAACAAAGAGAAACUCGGAUGAAACACAAAAAAGCAAAAGAAAUGAAAAGAAAAUCUUUAGUAGAAUCCGUAAAUCCAGAUUUGAUGAAAGCAAGGUUGAAAUACCUGCGUUUGUUCACAAGAUUUUACGUAAUGGUGUUCGUACAUAUGGGACACUCGAAAUGAAAGAAUGCUGCAUGUUAAAGCUUAGAGAUGUAGUUGCACGUGGAUUAAUAAAUUUGAGCGCCUUACCAAUGAUUUGUGAACCAAAGCCAUGGGUGACAGUUUCUCAAGGAGGAUCCCUGAUUUUAAAACACUACUUUAUAAGGACCACGAACAGAGCAUCAUUCGAUAUCAGAGUUUUUGAUUUGUCAAAUGUGUUUUCAAUUACAAAUUCAUUUGGAAAAGUUCCAUGGAAAAUAAAUGCAGGAGUUUUGGAUGUACUAAAAAAACUUUGGGACGCGGAUUCCUCAGUUCCAAUGAGGGCUUAUUUACCGGAUAAAUCGUGUCUCAAAGAAAAGGGGGAAACAAAAAAUACAAGCGAUUCUAAAGAAAUUUACAAUCCUAAAAACAGAUGGGCAAAUGAGGAAGAUAAAGUGAGGAUAGCAAAUGCUAUAUCGGAAUGUUCUCUAUUUGAACGUAGGAUUUACAUUGCGGAAAACUUUAUACAUGAGCAAAAAUUAUAUCUACCUGCAAGCAUCGACUUUAGGGGUAGAUUAUAUCCAUUAUCACCAUAUUUGAAUCACGCCUGUGACGACGCUUGUAGAAGUUUACUGACCUUUAGUGAGGUGCGCCCAUUGGGGGAGCGCGGAUUAUUUUGGCUCAAGGUACAUGUUUCUAAUCUUUAUGGUAUCGAUAAACUUCCUUUUGACGAUAGAAUUGUCUGGGUCGACAAUCAAAUGAGUUCAAUUGAAAAACUAGUGAAAAAUCCAUUUUCAGAUUCUUCUCAAGAUUUUUGGUCCAAAGCGGAGAAGCCAUUCCAGUUCUUUGCCUCAGCAUGCGAACUUGUUAGCGCAAUACACUCAAAGGAUCCACACAAGUAUUUGAGCUCAAUUCCUGUGCAACAAGACGGUAGUUGUAAUGGAUUGCAACACUAUUCAGCCUUGGGUAGGGACUAUAAUGGAGGGUUGUCGGUAAAUCUAAUAGACACUGAUAAGCCUCAAGAUGUUUAUAAAAAAGUAUUGUUGGAAGUUAUAUCAAAGGUUACCAGGGAAUUUCAAAGGGCUCCACCUACAUCUGGAGCGGUUGGAAUAGCCAAUACUCCGUAUGAUUGUGCAAAGUUAUGCAUUGACCAUGGGCUUUUAAAGAGAAAAACUGUGAAACAGACUGUAAUGACGAUAUGUUAUGGAGUAACUCGCAUGGGUGCAAUUGAUCAAAUCGAUAAUAAGUUAAAGGAUGAAGCUUCACUUGAUCAUCUUCACCCAUAUGCACGUCGAAGAUUAGCAACUUAUAUCGCAGGAAAGGUAUUUGGAUCAAUAAAAACAAUUUUUAAUGAGGCUAUGAACAUUAAAAAAUGGUUGGACGGUAUUUCUAGCGCCCAUACUAAAUUCAACAUACCUGUUACGUGGAUAAGUCCCAUUGGACUUCCCUGCGAACAGCCAUAUUGCAAAGUUGAUUCAAGUGUUCUACAUACAGAAAUGCAGGCCAUGAGAAUAGUGGAUCUGAAAUCUGCGCAUUUGGAUAAGAGGAGGCAGAGAAUGGCAUUUCCACCAAAUUUUAUCCACUCGUUAGAUGCUUCACAUUUGAUGUUCACUGCACGGGAAAUAUUUAAAAGCUGCACUUCCUUUGCCAGUGUGCAUGACAGUUACUGGAUACACGCAGACAGAGUAGACUUUAUGCGCUCGGAACUUCGCAAAGGAUUUGUUAACAUGUACAAGAGACCAAUUUUAGAAGACCUUUACAGUACAUGUGUUCGAAGGCUUGGUGAAGGUGUGGUAUCGGAACCUCCAGAUACUGGAAAACUAGAUAUUGAAUCUGUAUUGGAUAGCCAAUACUUUUUCCAUUAA